ACAUGUUCAGAGUUGUGUUUAUAUCAUCUAUCGUAUGGCUGCAGAGUGUCGGAACAGAGCCUCCAAGGUUUGCCUCUAAAGGACAAGAAUAUGAGGCAUUAGAGGGCGACACGUUGCUUCUACCCUGCUCGGUGGAAAAUCUCGGAUCGCACGUCCUGCUGUGGCGCAAAGGUAACCUGAUCCUUACUGCCGCCAAGCUGAUGGUCGCCCGGGACUCCCGCCUGUCGCUCCUACAGGACCGGGACUACGACCUCAGGAUUGCCAACAUCACAGCCAAGGACGCGGGGCAGUACAUAUGUCAAAUAGCAGACAUCUCGUCACAGGACCAAGUCCACAAGGUCUCCGUGCUAGCUCCGCCCAGGAUUGUGUCCACUGCUGCCAACAGUCAACUGACCGCCAGAAAGGGCAGUUCCGUCACUCUGACCUGCUCUGCUACAGGGAACCCUCAGCCCACCGUGCUCUGGUCUAAGAAGGACAGUGGCCAUCUCUACAAACCUGGGUCUACGGUGACGCUAGACAGGGUAGAUCGUCACCACGCAGGAGUGUAUCAGUGUACAGCCACCAAUGGUGUGGGACCACCUGCAGUUCUGGACGACAGUGGCCAUCUCUACAAACCUGGGUCUACGGUGACGCUAGACAGGGUAGAUCGUCACCACGCAGGAGUGUAUCAGUGUACAGCCACCAAUGGUGUGGGACCACCUGCAGUUCUGGACGUCAGUGGCCAUCUCUACAAACCUGGGUCUACGGUGACGCUAGACAGGGUAGAUCGUCACCACGCAGGAGUGUAUCAGUGUACAGCCACCAAUGGUGUGGGACCACCUGCAGUGCUGGACGUCAGUGGCCAUCUCUACAAACCUGGGUCUACGGUGACGCUAGACAGGGUAGAUCGUCACCACGCAGGAGUGUAUCAGUGUACAGCCACCAAUGGUGUGGGACCACCUGCAGUGCUGGACGUACGGCUAGAUGUGUUACAUCCCCCUGAAAUAGAAGUGGAGCAAGGGUGGGUGAACACGGCGGAGGGAAGCCAAGUAAAGCUUGUCUGCACGGUUUAUGGAAACCCAACUCCCAAUUUGCUGUGGUACCACGAGGGUGCUCUAGUCGUGGCCACCAAGAGGUACUCUACAGAUACAGUCAACAACAGACACUCUCUAUCACUAGCACCAGUGCUGAGACAAGACUUUGGAAACUUCAGCUGUGUUGCGGAGAACCCACUUGGUCGCUCAAAACACACUAUCCAGCUUUCCGGUAAGCCGGGCAAGCUGAGGGUUGUCAGCUCACCAUACAGUUCUUCAUCUCACAGUUACAACUUUGUCUGGAGAGUGGACAGUGCCUCACCGCUCGAGGAGUGCAGAGUUCUUUACAGGAAAAUAAUGAUCAACGACUCCCAUCAGCAGGUUGGACCCUGGCUGGAGACUAGGUUUCGUCCUCCGUCGUCCUCCACCCUCAGUCUCCUGCUCGGCGACCUUCAGCCGUCCUCGGUCUACCAGGGUCAGACUCAGGUUCGCAAUCGCUACGGUUGGAGUGAUAUGUCCGAGCCAUUCCAGUUCUAUACGAGGGGGGACACUCACGACCUCUUUGAAAACAACGUGGAACACCUGUCAUCUCCAUCAGCUUCCGUACAUCGAAGAGGCUUUACGCUGAGUCUGGCGAUGUUUCACCUCUUUUUACAAUUUAUAUAACACGUAUUUUAACUUUGUAACAUCGCCUAAGUUUUUAAAUAUGUAUAGGAUAA